AUGGCCGCCGAGCCGGGCGGCGUGCACGCCCGGCCCAGCCGCUGCUGCCGCCCGCCGCUCGCCUCCUUCGCCGCCGGGCUCCUGCUGCUCCUGCCGCUGCCUCCCUCCGCCUCCUCCUCUUCCUUCUGUGACCACCGCGUACCCAGCGGCGACCAGGUUGUCUAUCAAGUUCCUCUAAAGGAAAAUCACGUCUCGAAGAGGAACGUGGAUCAGCAGCUGAGAAUUAAGAUUGUAUAUGACAGAAGCGUUGAGGAUUUGCUGCCUGAGAAAAGACACCUUAUAAAGAGCAAACUCUUUCCACAAGCUAUCUCUUAUUUGGAGAAGACAUUUCAAGUACGCAAAUCUGCUGGUGCUAUAUUGCUGAGCAGGCAAUGUGUGACAAACCAAUAUUUAAGGAGGAAAGCUGACCCUCACAGAUAUUGCCAAAAAGCCUGUGCAGACCAUACAAGGUGUGGGCCCGUUAUAGUUCCUGAGAAACACCUCCAGCAAUGCAGGGUGUACAACGACAGUGACUGGCACCGCAGGCCCACGGGCUCACCUGACCAGGAAGGGGUUCGAGAUGCUGACUUUGUGCUCUACGUUAGUGCUCUCACUACUGACAGGUGUGGCCAUGAAAAUAUCAUUGCAUAUGCAGCCUACUGUCAGCUGGAAGCUGAAAUGGACAGGCCAAUAGCAGGAUAUGCUAACUUGUGCCCUAACAUGAUUUCAACACAAGCUCAGGAAUUUGUUGGCAUGUUGUCUACAGUGAAACACGAGAUAAUCCAUGCACUGGGUUUCUCUGCUGGACUGUUUGCAUUUUAUCGUGAUGAUGAUGGAAAACCUUUGACACCAAGAUAUGCAGAUGGCCUUCCACCUUUUAAUGAAAGCCUAGGUUUGUAUCAGUGGAGCAAUAAGGUUGUUCAUAAAGCAGUGAGGCUGUGGGACAUACGUGGUGGCAAAAUGCUGCGCCAUGCUGUUCAUCUUCUGGUGACACCUCGGGUAGUUGAAGAAGCCCGAAAACAUUUUAAUUGUCCAAUUCUAGAGGGAAUGGAGCUUGAAAAUCAAGGUGGCAUGGGUACUGAGCUCAAUCACUGGGAGAAGAGGUUGUUGGAGAAUGAAGCAAUGACUGGAUCCCACACUCAGAAUCGAGUCUUUUCCAGGAUCACCUUAGCGUUAAUGGAAGACACAGGAUGGUAUAAAGCAAAUUACAGCAUGGCAGAGAAAUUAGACUGGGGACGCAAUAAAGGCUGUGACUUUGUAAUGAAGAGCUGCAAAUUCUGGAUUGACCAGAAGAGACAAAAGAAGCAAUUAAUCAGUCCAUACUGCGACACUUUGAGGAGUAAUCCUUUGCAGUUAACAUGCAGACAGGACCAAAGAGCAGUAGCAGUGUGCAACUUGCAGAAGUUUCCAAAGCAGUUACCUCAGGAAUAUCAGUACUUUGACAAUCUUAAUGGAGUACCAGCAGAAGAAUUGCCUUACUAUGGUGGCUCUGUAGAAAUUGCUGACUAUUGUCCCUUUAGUCAGGAAUUCAGCUGGCAUUUAAGUGGUGAAUUUCAACGCAGUUCAGACUGUAGAAUAAUUGAAAACCAGCCAGAUCCUACCAAAAACUAUGGUGCAGAGAAAUACGGACCAAACUCUGUAUGUCUGAUUCAAAAAUCUGCAUUUGUUAUGGAACAAUGCAGGAGGAAACUCAGUUACCCUGACUGGGGUAGUGGGUGUUAUCAAGUUUCUUGUUCUCCACAAGGUCUGCAUGUGUGGGUCAAGGACACUGUGUAUUUGUGCAGCCGCUCAGGCCAGGUGUUGACAGUGAGCAUUCAGAUGAAUGGCUGGAUACACGUUGGCAAUCUGAUUUGCCCAGCCUGUUCAGACUUCUGUGACUCCUGUCCCCCAGAGAGGGAUCCUCCAGCUUCUAACUUAACAAGAGCUGCACCCAUUGACUUGUGCUCCUGCUCCUCCAGCCUGGUUGUAACCCUUUGGCUGCUGGUGGCCAACUUAGUUCCCCUGUUAACAGGAUUGUUUCUCUGCACAUAGACUUGAGCUUGGGGCAAGAAGUCCUGAGAUAAUACCCAUCCUGCUGCACUUCUUACUGUGGAGCAUGGGGACUUUGUCUCUAUAGGCAGCUCUCUCCUGCUGAACCUGCUGGCAAGUAUCACUGCACACAGUAGUCAGGGAGGUGCUGACAAAAGCAGGCAGAGUUUUGAGAGGAGAAAAAUUUACCUUGUCAUCUCAAUAAGUGCCAGUAUUGCAAUCUCUGUUUUUUUUGACACAGUAACAAGAUCCACUUUGCCAACUGUCUUAGGCAACCUGGCAGCUCAGUCAAGAUUUGAAAUGAGAGCUCUUCUGUAAUAGAACUGAGGGCUGGUGUUUUUUGUUAUGUCUGUUGUGUGAUUGGUAGCAAAGCAUCCUCAGACUGGAAAUAUACCUCAGUGGUUUAGUCAAAAGCCAUGUAAAAAUCAGUUGUCAUCACUACUGAUAACCAAGGCCUAAAGAGGCUGGUAAUUUAUUUGUUUGUUUUGUUAAUUCUUACAAUUUAUGGUGGAGGAAAGGAUGUAAUGGGAUAGACCAGUGUUUGGCAGUAGCCUCCACAACUGUAUUCUGCAGCUUUGAGCCCCCUGAGAAUUCAUACUAGGUAAAACAGCUAAUUCUUGGGGUUCAUUGCAUCUUCCUACAUGCACAAAAUGGAAUUUCAGACUGGGAACCAGUACAACUGUCUAGAAAUCCCAUUUUCAUUUAGCAUGUGCCAGUUCUACUGUGAAAUUUAAUACAUCACAUUUGAAUAUUCUGUAGAGUUUGCUAGGCAAAUGCAUUUCAGUACUGAGACUGUAAAUUUGGGAUAGGAUUUAUGAUUAUUUUUUAUUUUGUUGGUUUGUUUCUCGAAUAAUGGCAUUAUUGUUUCAAAAAUGGUAUGAACAUUACUGCAGAUGUUCUCAGCAGACCAGUAGCAAUGGCAGCUAUAAUCUUACAGGAUCAUGCUAAUGUCUCUAGACCAAAAAUUGUAUUGAAUGUGUAAAGAAAGCCUAAUCUGUUUUUUUUUUUUAUUUCUUCCCUCUACUUUUUUUUGACAUGCAAAUACUAUAGAUUAUUUUGAGUAUUUGUAAUAAGUUGAGAAUCAGAUGGUUUGAGACACAUGGGGGCACACUCUGCUACAAAAUUAAUCACUUGAUGACAAAAUAUAUAAGAGGAAGGAAAUUAGUAAAAUCUGUCAAGAUAAGUACAGCUGCUCUAUAGGACCCUUGUAAGGAUGCUUUUAUUUAUUUCUGACUAUAAUAUGUAACAAAUAAUCUUGUUCAGAGGUAAAGAAACUCUUUGUGGUUCAAUCCACUAUCUGUCCUUUUAGGACAGUUUUCACUCCUGAAAAAUGCUAAAUUUAAGGGAGCAGACAUGCCCAUUGCACUAAAAAAUGCAGAUAUAUGGAGAAAGAUGAUGUUACUCUGCUUCUUAAAUGUUCUGUGAUGUUACAGUUGUUGGUGACUGGAUCCCUUUCCUAAAUGGAAGGUGGAGAGGUGGAGUAAAACUUUAGCUACAAUUAUGCUGUAAUAAUAGGACUUCCAUCAUGAUUGUAAGAAAUUCUUUGUGCCUACUGGACUUGAUUUUGUUGUUUUUUUUAUUUAAGGAAACUCUUACACAUUGCUGAAGCAAAGGUGCAUCAGACAUCACAGUUGAGAGCA